ACACUUUCUCUGUUCUUUCUUAUCGGCGUCUUUCGCCGGUCAUCUCUUCGUCUCCCGCCAUUUCCGACCAUCUGAAACCCUAGACCUCGAGAUCCGGCAUCAAUGGCGAUUUCCUGGGGUCUUGGAUGGAAGCGACCCUCUGAGGUCUUCCACCUUCUCCUUGACUAUGGCGAGCUUGACGACGACCCGUCCUUGAGCCGUGAGCUACCCCUCUCGCCCCACUCUUCGCCGCCGCAUCCCCGCAUCUCAUCCGCUGGAGAACUUGGUUUCCGGAUCGAUCUUGAUUGGCUUGCUGGUGAUGACGAGGACCAGAUCGCGCUUAGGCUUCAGUCGCAGCUCAUGGUCGCCUUACCCCCUCCGCAGGACUCCGUUGUACUCGAUCUUCAUCAUAAUGCCAAUGCCGAUGCUGAUGGUGAUCUUGAUGAUGGUGUCACGGUGGACAUGAAGAUCGUGACUCGGAGGGAGCCGCUGAGGUCGAUCAGGAUGUAUAGGACUGCUGGAUCGGGCCAGCAGAGCGAUGGGGUUGGGGUUCUGACGAGGUUGCUGAGGUCUGACCUGGCGCCGGCUGGGUCUGGGGAGAGUGUCUUGGAAUUGGCGGAGCAUUGGAAGGGCGUCACCGUGCUAGAUUUAUCUGGUUGUGGUUUGUCGGUACUUCCAGUAGAGUUGACAAAACUGCCACAGCUUGAGAGGUUAUAUCUUGAUAACAAUAAGUUGUCACUUUUGCCACCUGAGCUUGGUCAGUUGAAAAGAUUAAAAAUCCUAAGUGUUGACAAUAACAUGUUGGUUUCAGUCCCUGCUGAACUGAGGCAAUGUGUUGCCCUGGUAGAAUUAUCUUUGGAACAUAACAAACUUGUACGCCCGCUCCUUGAUUUCAGAGCUAUGCCCGAACUUUGUGUUCUAAGGCUGUUUGGUAAUCCUCUUGAGUUCCUUCCAGAGAUAUUACCACUUCACAAUCUCCGUCAUCUUUCGCUUGCGAAUAUCAGGAUAGAGGCUACCGAAAAUAUAAAAACCAUUAAUAUUCAGAUAGAGACUGAUACUAGCAGCUCAUAUUUUAUUGCCUCAAGACAUAAACUGAGUGCUUUCUUCACUCUUGUCUUCCGUUUUUCUUCUUGUCAUCACCCUUUGCUAGCAUCUGCUCUUGCUAAGCUCAUGGAAGAUCCUAGCAAUCGAGUAGCAAUCAGCAAAGAAGAAAAUGCUGUGAGGCAACUUAUAAGUAUGAUAAGCAGUGAUGACCAUCAUGUGGUUGAGCAAGCAUGCUUUGCUCUUUCAUCACUCGCAGCCGAUACUUCUUUGGCUAUGCAGCUGAUUAAAUCAGACAUAAUGCAACCUAUUGAAUCAGUUUUGAAAUCAGUUGACACAGAAGAAUUGAUUUCAGUGCUGCGAGUUGUUGUCACCUUGGCAUUUGCUUCUGAUAGUGUAGCUCAAAAGAUGCUGACUAGAGAUGUACUAAAAUCAUUAAAAGCUCUUUGUGCGCACAGGAACACAGAGGUGCAACGAUUAUCCCUAUAUGCUGUUGGUAAUCUAGCUUUCUGUUUAGAGAAUCGUCGCACCCUAGCUCAAUCUGAAAGCUUGCGUGAACUAUUACUACGCCUUAUUAUGGUACAUGAUCCCUGCGUGAGCAAGGCUGCUGCACGUGCUCUGGCAAUUCUAGGAGAAAAUGAGAGUUUGCGUCGAGCAAUAAAAGGAAGGCCAGUGGGGAGGCAAGGAUUACGUAUACUUUCAAUGGAUGGGGGUGGUAUGAAGGGAAUGGCUACUGUCCAGAUUCUUAAGCAAAUAGAACAAGGUACAGGAAAACGCAUACAUGAAAUGUUUGACCUAAUAGGCGGCACAUCUACUGGUGGCAUGCUUGCAGUUGCCCUUGGAAUCAAGCAAAUGACCUUGGAUCAGUGUGAAGAAAUUUACAAAAAAUUGGGAAAGCUUGUGUUUACUGAACCCACCCCAAAAGAUGAAGCUGCAACUUGGAGAGAGAAGUUGGAUCAACUGUAUAAAAGUUCAUCUCAGAGCUUCCGUGUGGUUGUUCAUGGUUCUAAACACAGCGCAGAUCAAUUUGAAAGGCUGCUCAAAGAGAUGUGUGCUGAUGAGGAUGGGGACCUUUUGAUAGAAUCUGCUGUAAAGGCUGUUCCAAAAGUUUUUGUGGUCUCAACUUUGGUCAGUAUUAUGCCAGCUCAACCAUUUAUCUUCCGAAAUUAUCAGUAUCCGGCUGGCACUGCUGAGCUUCCUUCUGGAAUGGCAGAAAGUCCAGCAAUAAGUGCAGUUGGAUCUACUCCUCACAGUGCUCAAAUUGGUCGUCGAACUGCUUCCAUUGGAAGCUGCAAGCAUCAUAUAUGGCAAGCAAUAAGAGCAUCAUCUGCUGCACCAUACUAUCUUGAUGAUUUCUCUGAUGAUGUUAAUCGCUGGCAAGAUGGCGCUAUUGUAGCCAAUAAUCCUACCAUUUUCGCCAUGAGAGAAGCACAGCUUUUAUGGCCUGAUGCUCGAAUUGAUUGUCUGGUUUCAAUUGGAUGUGGUUCAGUUCCCAAUAAGGCCCGGAAAGGUGGUUGGCGUUACCUGGAUACAGGACAAGUGUUGAUUGAAAGUGCAUGUUCAGUUGAUCGUGUAGAGGAAGCACUAGAUACUUUAAUGCCAUUGCUUCCUGAAAUGCGUUAUUUCCGGUUUAAUCCAGUUGAUGAAAGAUGCGGUAUGGAGCUAGAUGAGACUGAUCCUUCUGUCUGGCUCAAGUUGGAAGCGGCAACUGAGGAGUUUAUUCAAAGGAACUCUCAAUCUUUCAAGAAUUUAUGUGACAUUUUGGCUCCAAGAGAUCAAAAUGAAGAAAAAAUUCUAGAAAAGUUAAAAUCUCUAAACUUGCCCAAGAAGCCCACUGCUGCAGACCUUGAUGAGAAUAGUCCUUCAUUAGGUUGGAGACGGAUGGUACUCCUUGUUGAGUCUCUGUAUAGUCCGGAUACUGGAAAGGCAAUACACCAUGCCCGUUCACUAGAAACAUUUUGUGCUCGUAGUGGUAUUAGAUUGUCCCUCACAAGUAAUUCAUCGGGAUUUUCCAAGCCUGUGACUGCAGUUCCUACACCAUUUACAUCACCAUUGUUUACUGGAAGCUUUCCUUCAAGUCCACUCGUAUAUAGUCCUGAAUUUGGUCCCCAGAGAAUAAACCGAAUUGAUUUAGUCCCUCCACUUAGCUUGGAUGGCCAUCAAUUUGGCAAGGCAUCAGCAUCUCCACCAUCAUCUCCAUUGGCAUCCAGGCAACCUUCUAUACCUGUUCGAUCACUACAUGAGAAGCUGCAGAAUCUGCCCCAGGUGGGCAUCAUACAUUUGGCGCUUCAAAAUGAUUUGACAGGCGCAGUUUUAAGCUGGCAGAAUGAUGUGUUUGUGGUUGCUGAACCUGGAGAACUUGCAGAAAGAUUUCUUCAGAGUGUCAAGAUGAGCUUGUCAUCAAUGCUCCGUAGUCACAGCCGAAAGGAUGUAUGUUCCUUAGCUAAGGUUCAAUCUGUGGCUGAUUUGGUUGCACAAUGGCGAUAUUUUCAAGUUGGAGGAAUACUCCACCGGUAUAUAGGAUGCCAAACACAAGUCAUGGAUGACAACCAAGAAAUAGGUGCGUUUAUGUUUCGAAGAACAGUUCCUGCCACACAUUUAACUGCUGAUGAUGUCCGUUGGAUGGUUGGCGCAUGGAGAGACAGAAUUAUAAUCUCCACUGGUAAGUAUGGUUUACCUCCGAGCAUGGUGAAGGCUUUCCUAGAUUCAGGUGCCAAAGCCAUCAUAUCAUCAUCAGUUGAACCUCCUGACACGGAGGCAAUAUCCUUUCAAGGAUCCGGCGAAUAUAAUGGCCUUCAGAAUGGCAAGUUCGUCAUUGGAGAUGAUGAGGCCGAGGAUGAAGAACCCCCAGAACCAACCAGUCCUAUUAGUGACUGGGAAGACAGUGAUCAUGAGAAGGGUGGUGGUAUUCUGUCCAUGAAUUGGAUGGAUGACGAUGAAGAAGAACUAUCCCGCUUUGUUUGCGUUUUUUAUGAUAGUUUGUUCAGGGAGGGGAACAGGAUUGAUGCCGCAUUGCAACAAGCACUUCGCAUGCACCCAAAGCUGAGAUACUCAUGCCAUCUACCUUAGUAUACUAUAUAUAUGAAUUAAAUACUUGCAUAUAGUAAUACGCCAUACAUCAUUUAGUAUAUAUACUAAGGAAUAAGAGAAAUCAGUCCAAUUUUGGAUACAGAGCAUGUCCUUGAAUUGAUGUGAUAAUUAAAAAGAAAAGAGAGCUGAGUGAAUUGUUUGAUGUGUAUGAUUGGUAAACAAAAAAGGAGAUUGAUAUCAUGUAAAGACAUGCUUACAAGAUAAUAGAGUUGAAGAAUAAGUUUAACGGCCAAUUAUAGUCUUUUCUUUUGGUUGUUUCCAUUGAUGUCAAACAUGUGUAUGUAAUUGGUGUACAUGUAUGGCAUGGUAUUUGGCCCCAUCUUA